AUGUCUUUACCAUUGAAAGAAUAUUCACCAGAUACUCCUCGUCAAUAUUUAUUAGAAGAAUCUGAAAAAAUUAUAAAAUCAAUACCAAAUUGGGAAAAAGGUAAAAAAUAUUUUGAAGAUACUUCUUAUCCUGUUGAUACUGUUCAUACUACAUUAAAUGGUAAUUAUUGGGUUGCAAGAAAUACUCAAUUAAAAAAUAUAGAUAUUGAAAAAUUUAAAAAAUGUAUAAUUGGAACAACUGAAAUUGGUUUUACUCAUUCAAAUCAUGAAUUAAAUUAUGUUCAUCCAAUAAAAGAAAUGAUUGUUGAAAAUUUAAAAAAAUAUGAUGAUAAUGGUUGGAGUUAUAUUAUUCAUGCUUUAUAUGAAUUUGGUUUCCCAUUAACUAAAAGAUUUUUUAAUCAAUUGGUUGAAAUAUAUAUUGCUAAUGAUAGAGCUUUAAUUGUUAGUGUUCCAAUAAAAGGUAAAGAAGAUGGAGUUUUAGGAACUUAUGUAUCAAUUGAAGAAAUUAAAUGGACUUCUAAUUCUGUUGAUUGGUUAGUUGCUACAACUUCAAGUGCUGGUGGUUUAGUUCCUGAUUUUUUGACUAAAUUGAGAUUAGCUGAUGAAUUAGUAAAAGAUGUUCCUGAAGUUUUAGCUUAUAUUAAUAGUAAACAUUUUUUGGUUCAAGUUAGUUAA